AUGGCAGAUCAAAUCACUGAUCCUCAGGACGGCAACUCGCCCUCUGCCCACGACGACAGCAUUGCGCCCGAACAGAGAGGCAUCAAGAGACAGCGCACCUCCAACGCCGCGCCCGCCGACGACGAUGACGACGACGACGACAAGCCUGGCCGCGAGAGAAGAAAGAUCGAAAUCAAAUUCAUCCAGGACAAGUCGCGUCGUCACAUCACCUUCUCCAAGAGAAAGGCCGGCAUCAUGAAGAAGCCCAACUCGGCCUUUACUGACACGCUGCACCCAGNNGCGUACGAAUUGUCCGUCCUCACUGGCACACAAGUCCUUCUGCUCGUCGUGUCCGAGACUGGUCUCGUCUACACCUUCACCACCCCCAAGCUCCAGCCGCUGGUGACCAAGGCCGAGGGCAAGAACUUGAUCCAGGCAUGUCUCAAUGCACCCGAACCUGCCGACUCGAACGGCGUCGACGGCGAAUCGACUGUCGAGUCCCCCGAGGACACACACGCCAAUGUCCCUGCUCCAGCCGCCGGCAUGCAACCUCGCGCUGCUGGCAUGCCCNCCAACCAAUACGCCAUGACUCCCGACCAGCAGCAGGCCCUGCACUACCAAGCAUAUCUUCAACAACAGCAGACCGGCGCCUAUCCCAUGUCUGGUGCACCUAUCCCUGGUCGUCACCCCGGACACCAAUAG